UGGCUCCAGCACGCGCAGCUGCCACGGGUCGCCACCUGCCCAAACGUUCAAAUGUGGCGCCUGAGUCGAGCACGAGCGACCAUUGGCCUGACCACCUGACGUCAUUGCCCUCCCAGCGCGGGCAUUGGCUGGCGGGUAUGACGUAACUGCGUUCCGGCCUCGCUAUUGGUUGCGCGUGCAGGGCUGGCGCGUGCCAUGUGCAUCCGAGGCUAUAUAAGGCCCAGAGGUGCUGGCACGUGCGUAAUAGUGCAUCAAUCUCGGCUCGGCGCCCUUGACAUCGGUGCGGCGGCGCGAAGACUUCCGUAUACUUCCGCGAAGACCUCCGAACGCCGUAAAGACUUACGUACACCGCGAAUUAUUUCGAACGUCACCUCCAAGAUGAUCUCCACCCGCAAGGAGUACAUAGCGCGCCCCCCGAAGAAGAGGCCACUGGCACUCUUCAACUACACCCUGGAGACAUCUGGUGCAGGUAAGACACGCCCAUCGUCACGACGGGGACCUGUCUCUCUCUCCCUCCUGUAAUGGCAGUCAAAUUAGUGCUGUAUUUUGAGGCAUAAACAGUGUUGUGAUAAUUAGUGAACCUCUCAGGGCAGUGGUGAUUGAACUUCAUGACAUACUUUGUUGUUUGAUUUACCCUUUCUGUUUCUCUAGUUCUCUCUUCGUCUCCCUAUUUCUCCCUCGCUCUCCUCCUGCUCCUGUCUCUCUCUCUCUCUCUCUCUCUCUCUCUCUCUCCUUUUGUGCUGUUUCUGACUCUUUGUCUUGCGUGUUGCAGGGGUUGACUCCGAUGACAACAUGCAGCCGCAGGACCUUAGUAUGAAGAGCCGUCGUGUGCCCACUCCACCGCCCGUGCUUGCGGCACCGGCCCCCGCCACGCCCGCGCCCACCUGGCCACCCGCGCCUACCAGAUCGCCAGCGCCCACCUGGUCGCCUGUGCCUACCAGAUCGCCAGCGCCCAACUGGUCGCCCGCGCCCGCUAAGUCGCCCGGGCCCAUCCCGCCCGUGCCCGCUAGGUCGCCAGCCACGCCCACGCCCACGUUUACGCCCCGUCGCCCCACUGAUGUCACAGCUCUUCUGGGACUGGUCGGGGGCAGCAUCAGCAUCUCGGCCAACAUCACCAACACCAACAUCACCACCAACAACAUCACCACCAACAACAUCACCACCAACAACAUGAGCAGGGGCAACUACAUCAACAGUGGGGUCAGUAGCAGCAACAACAGCACCUACAGUAGCAACUACAGCAGCAACACCAGCAGCUUCAUGAGUAGUGCUGGCUUGCGUCUCAUCAGCGAGGUGGCCGCGGCGUGUGGGCGUCCCACAGUCCUACGGGCGCCUGGAGGGACGCAGAACACCCACACCCGCCCCUACGCUCCCCCUACACCAAGGGACCCCUUGCGUAAUGUGCUGAGGGAGCGUGGCGCAGGCGUACACUCUUGGCACUUCAAUCCGUACCUUCCCCUGGGGGUAUAUGGCCUUCCCUCGCCUCUUCAUGCCGCCCACGCGCCCACCUCCGCCAGUAGGGAUAUGAGCAGCCCGGCAGGCCGCCCUAGAGGGGGGUCUGUUUCCCCCCCGGGUGAGACAGGAUCAAGCAGCAGUGAGGGCAGCCCUGAGGGCCAGCACGAGAGCCGUGCACCACGCCUGGCGUGUCCGGACUGUGGGCGGCGUUACGCCACUAUGGCCGGUCUAGCCAAACAUCGUCAGUUUCACUGCUUGAAGGACGCCGGUCGGUCGUUUGCGUGCAAGCACUGCGAUAAAGUGUACACGAGUCUGGGCGCACUCAAGAUGCAUAUCCGCACGCACACGCUGCCGUGCAAGUGUCAGCUGUGUGGCAAGGCCUUCUCGCGGCCGUGGCUGCUGCAGGGCCACAUCAGGACCCACACCGGGGAGAAACCCUUCCAGUGCCCGCAGUGUGACCGGUGCUUCGCUGACCGCAGCAACCUGCGGGCCCACCUUCAGACCCACACGGAUGUCAAGAAGUACGCCUGCAGGACCUGUCCGAAAACGUUCUCCAGGAUGUCCUUAUUAGUGAAGCACGAGGAUCAUGGGUGUCCAGGAAUGCGUCCUUCACGGCCCCUGGUCCUGUCCCAGGCAUCCCCAGUGUCUCUCUGACCACACCCUAAGUCACACCUUACAAGUUAAUGCAAUCAUAAAGUGUGCCAACCGUGAAGACUUUCCCAGCAGUAUUACCAGAGUUGUGAAACUGAAUUAAACAAAGUGUGAAUUAUAAUCUAUCGUGUAAAUCUUGCCACCAUCCCCCGACCUGGUGGAAGCGCGCAGUCAGAUCUGCUCGCGUCAAAACGUCAAGUGCCAAAGUGUCACUCGGUGCCAGUAAUGGUGUCUGUGUCUAGUCAAGCAACACCCAGUGUUUGUCGCUCGCCUGAGAGGAGUUUAUAGCCUUAACAUGCAUGAAACAGCUUGAAAAUGCGGAAAACCUUUGAGAUAUGCACAGUUAAUCUCAUAGUCGAAUUUGCACAUUAAAACGAGUUCCAACACCUUAAUAAAUCCACGAUAACCCGUGAGCGCAUUCUCAGCAUAAUAUAAGAGAGUCAAGUUCGAACCCUGAGAUGACAAUACCGGUCGAGAUACAAGUAUGUGAACGUCUCCAAGGCUCUUCCCCACCGCCCCCCAUUCCCCAACCACUCUCCUUCCCUAAAUUCACCCCAAAUACACACCCCCAAUGUGAGGAGGCCAGGUGUGCUCCUCUUCAGGCGAGUUUCCACAGCUUUACCCACACCCUACGGUAGCCCAGGGGUCUCCUCAACGUACCUGCAUUCCACCAAGUCCCAACUAUUGUAGUCCCGCUGUGGGGAGAGAGAGAGAGAGAGAGAGAGGCUGGCUGCCUGGGAAGAAAGGGCGGACCCACUAGCGUGAGAGCCGAAGUUGUGUGAACCAUGGGACAGAAUGUGUGAGCGAUGGUUUGAAAAUAGCUCCAAGUAAGAGAGGUAGGAAUGCAAAUGAUCGAAAGUGUGAAAGGGUUAAACGUGGGUAAAAAGGUGGGAGGGUGGAUUUUAAAUUGCCAAAAAGUGAGAGAGAAAGUGUUGAACAUAUUUGAAAGGUAAUAAGGAAGGAUUGUAAAUAAUUGAUAGUGUUAGAGAACGGACUGGAAAUGGUUGAACGUGAGAGAGGAAUAAAAAUUAUUUAAAGUGAGAGAGAGAGAGAGAGAGAGAGAGAGAGAGAGAGAGAGAGAGAGAGAGAGAGAGAGAGAGAGAGAGAUGGAGAUGAUUUUGUAAGACCAUCUGAGAUAAAAGACAAUAACCCCACAAUCAUAUGACACAAGAGAGGAAGUACCUGUGUGUAUCUCGGCCUCUCCCACCCACAGUGGGCCUCUUUAGAUCUUCAUACAAAUCAAUAACUCAUUGAGACAAAUCCUGAGUUAUUUUCCUGAGACAUGGAGAUCCAUUUUUUUUAAUACAAGACAAUAUAAGCUUUAUUUUAAGACAUGUUGAGACACUUCGACAUAUGCUGUGACUUAUGACUUGUGCCUUUGUUGACAAUACUUCCUGGUUCUGUCCUUAUGAUGCCUUAAUAUAUAUUUAUGUAUGUAUAUAUUUAAAUGAAUAUCUAUGUGACCUGUACUGGCUCCCUGACUCUAUACACGAGUGGAAUGUCUCAUGUAUACAUAGAGGAAUCUUCACAGGAUUCCCGAAGGAGCCUUGUGAGAGUCCUGUAGGAUUCCUGGAUAAAUCCAGAGAGUCCUGUGGGAUACUCGCAAGAUAACCGAAGGAUUCCUGUAAGAGUCUAGUAAGAGAGUUAGGAUCAGAUCAUACAACAAAUGUGCCAAUGACCAAAUUCGGUGCCUUGUCUUCCAAUUGCUCUGUCCUCCUACUGUAUAUGACAAUUUUUUGUUUGAUUAUAAAAAAAAAAUAU